AUGGAAGCAAAGAGAGAAGCCCCUGAAGAAGCAGGGCCGGGUCGUCUUUCUAUCCGCUCCAGCUUUACCGAGCGUAGCAGGCCUGCGGGCAAUGCGUCGGGGCAAAUCGUCAAGAGUAACUAUAUGUGUACCGCUGAGGCGCAUAUUCUCUUUCGCAUAGUCGGGUCUGGUCGGCAUAGCUCAUUUUGUUCCUCGUGUGUGCAAACCGUGGCGCUCCUCGAACCCCAUACCCAUGCGCAAUGUGCUCUUAAUUAUCCGAUGCAGAACACUACCGGCUCCGGUGACGCGAUCUUCUUGGCAGUUGCUGGCUUUCUCGCAUCAGAGAUCAAACAUUUACUCGUGCCCAAUCCUGUCUCUCAGGGAUUGGAAGUUUCCCGGUCGGCUUACGCAUAUGUUCCAAGUAUUCACCAUCAGUGCCGUCCAGAAUCGACAGGCAAGCCGCUGGCUCGUAAUCUUCAGGUUCAUGAAUCAAGAGGAAGCGUGCCCAAAGGUUUCAGUCUCGAUGGGCCCGCACCCGAUGAGGAGCUACUUAGCCUGCGUAUGGCUCUUGUGCAAAACGACAUGAACGGGCUAUUAGCCACGUUAGAGGACAUUAGCAUGCCUUCCAGCCCCAACUACGGUCAACACCUGUCCAAGGCUGAAGUGGAGCAGUUUGUGGCGCCAUCCUCGCAGACUAUUGACACCGUGAAUGCGUGGUUUACUGAGAACAAUAUCAAUGCCACAACCAUCAAUUCGGCUGGGGAUUGGCUCGCGUUCUCCAUGCUUGUCGGCCAGGCGAAUAACCUUUUUGGCGCAAACUUCUCCAUCUUUACGCACAACGCAAGUGGUAAAAAGAUCACUCGCACACUCUCGUAUUCGAUACCUUCGUAUUUGAAGGGACAUGUAGAGUUGGUUCACCCCACUGUGACCUUUGUUGUGCCGCCCGCGAAGUCCUCGGUGACCGCUCAACGCAUUGGGUCUACCGGUGUCCGAAGGCGGUCUACUGACGCUGAACCAUCAGCUUGCGAGGAGCAAGUUGACCCGGCAUGCUUACAGACUCUCUACGGCAUUCCCACCACUCCUGCAACUCAGUCAUCCAACCUGAUUGGUGUCACUGGGUAUGGGGAAGAGUGGGCAAACGAAGCAGAUCUCGCUCAAUUCUUGCAAGAAUUCCGUCCCGAUGUCUCGGAAAAUUCCACAUUUCCUGUUUACACCAUCGAUGGUGGGAUAAAUGACCAGGAUCCGGGCUGGGCUGGUUUCGAGGCUAACCUUGAUACGCAGUACACAGCUGGUAUCGCUACCGGCGUCCCAAUCGAGUUCUUAUCUGUUGGCAGUGAUAUAACGGACGGUGUUUUCGGCUUCUGGGACAGCGCCAAUUUCUUCCUGACUCAGGACGAGCCUCCCACUGUCAUCACCACUAGCUAUGGUACGGAUGAAGAUGAUGUAGGUUUGGCUGUAGCCUACAAUUUGUGCAACACGUACGCGCAACUCAGCGCUCUUGGGACGACUGUGCUGUUUUCAUCCGGCGACGGGGGUGUCACAGGAACGCAAACCGACGAUUCCUGCACAUAUUUCGAGCCAUCAUUCCCAGCCACCUGCCCUUACGUAACAUCCGUCGGCGCGACGACAGGCGCCAAUCCCGAAACUGCCGCGUAUUUCUCGUCUGGUGGUUUCUCCAACUACUGGGGUGUGCCCUCUUUCCAGUCCUCUGCUGUCUCUGGAUAUCUCUCCGACCUUGGCGAUACAAACGCCGGCUUGUAUAAUGCGUCCGGUCGCGGGUUUCCGGACGUCUCCGCACAGGGGAUCAACUUCGUCUUCAUCGCUGAUACGGAGUCUUGGAACGUAAACGGCACGAGUUGUUCUUCGCCGACAUUUGCGGCCGUCGUAGCCCUCCUCAAUGACCGCCUGCUCGCCGCGGGCAAGUCCACGCUUGGUUGGCUCAAUCCGUUGUUGUACUCGACAGCGGCGUCCGCACUCAAUGACAUCACAACAGGCGACAACCCGGGAUGUGGCACCAACGGCUUCCCUGCGACAACUGGCUGGGACCCUGUUACUGGGCUUGGGACUCCGAACUUCGAUGCUCUCUUAUCCGCGUUAGGGGUUUGA